AUGUAUCCAUAUAACUAUAGCCAAAAUGCAUCUGAAUAUCACACUUCUACCCUUUACAAUGAACACAGCCAGUCGACACCCACUUCUCCGGACCAGCUCUAUGACUCCAUAAGUCUGCCGGUAGGAGCCGGCAUGAUACGACUCCUUUACCUAGAUCCUUUCCCAUCUCCCACCACGACACCUGAGGAAAUGGAGUCUCGGCCACUGCAAGGAACUCUAGUCAAGAUCAAACUCAUCGACUCUCCUAGAUUCGCUGCAUUAUCCUACUGCUGGGGGGAAAUGAAACUCCGUGGAAACGAGACGAUCCAAUGUGGAACGGCCAGCAUCGACAUCACUCCCAAUUGUGCCAAGGCGCUACGAGCUAUACGACGACACCAAUUCGCCACGUCAAGUCCACCACUUCCCAUUUGGGUCGAUGCGCUGUGUAUCAACCAAGCAGAGACACCCACUGCAAAGGCGGAAAAGGCGGACCAGUUGCCGCUAAUGGGAGAGAUAUAUCAAUGGGCUGAUCCUGUGUACAUAUGGCUGGGCUCAGGCGAUUCCUCGAUUCAUGCCGGCUUCGCGACGCUACAGCAAUUCUUCCCCGCAUGCAGAUUCCGGCGGAGUACUCAGAGUUUGCCGUGGAUCUUGGAGAUGAGGCGCUCGGAACGUUGGAGGAAGAGAGCGAGGUAUAUAUGGGACAACGCAUUCCUCCAAGGCGCCGUGUGCUACCGACUGAUGUUGGCUUUGAAACGGAGGAAGAUAGCUAGGUAUAUUUGGGACAACUCACUCCAUCAAGGCUCCAUGUUGUACCGACUGGUGAUGGGCUUUAUGGGACUGACCAGCUCUGAGCUUUCUUGGCCUCCGCCCCAGGACUCAGGCGAGAUACAAAAACUGCUUGAGUGUGAGUGGUUCACGCGCGGUUGGACAUUCCAAGAAGCAGUACUUGCUAUCAAUCCUACAAUUCUGUAUGACGACAUGACGCUCUCAUGGAUCGACUUCUUAUCAGCUUUGGAGAUUGGGUUUCCGAAACUAUUCGUGGACAGCCCAGCGCAUAGCCUUGGUACGGCCUGGAUGAAUAUUCGAAGACCUCUUCACUGGAAUGGUCUCCAGCGACGGCCACGUCCAUCAUAUCAUGACCAUGACCGUGCCUUGCCCAGAAGUGACCUAACCUUCCGACACUACCUGGAGACGUGCGGCCAUGAGUGCUCUCGUGAUAUCACCUCACCACCCGAGAACCACGACGAUACUUCAUUCUGUCACACAGACAACUUACUCUCGUGGCUGCACUUGGUCCACUUUUCCGGAGAGAUGCUCGCUUGGGCAAUCCUCUUCAUGCCUCUCUAUUUACUCAUUCUCCAGACGAAUCCUGCGGUGAUCACCCAAUUUAUCCCCUGGUGGCUUUUUGGGCUAUUUUCUCUAACAUACGCUGUUUUCGCUAUGUUUGUGUUCCAAGGAUUUAACACACUCCCGCAGCGAACAUCUCGCGGGAUACAGAAUCUAUGUUUCAUGCCCCUGAUUGCCGGCUCGAACGCGAAGGAAGAGCGAAUGGCACUCAUUGGUAAUGCCACUGUCGCCACCGGAAUGAGCAGAAACUCAGCUGCAUUAAUAGAACCUUUUGAAAGAUCUUCGGACGUUCUACUCCAAGCCCUGAUGAGAGCAGUCUCAGAACGUCACACUUCCAAUUCUCACGACGGAGUCUAUGCGUACUUUGGUGUGUUAAAAGCAAACGGAUUUGAUAUACCGGAUGUCAAAUAUUCGCAAAGCCCCGCUGAGGUACAUCGAGACUUUCUAAAAAGUCUACUCGACUCAGACCAAUCGCUCAUUGGACUGAUUGUCGAAGCUGGCACCCGCCGGGGCGAGGGUUUCGCUGCACCUUCAUGGGUCUGCCAUUGGGGAGGGGGGAAAGACCAACCCCGUUGCCCGAUUACACCAAAGUAUAUCUAUAAUACUGCCGAAAGCAAGGCAACACCGAAUUCGAGACCUUACGCCGACGUCUCAAAGGAUGGAUGUAAGCUUACAGUUCACGGCUUCCUGAGUGACCACAUAGCAUACUGCUCUCCUCGCUUGGUCGAUUUUCUUGAAUCAGACGUUGUCGAAGGAGUCGACGUGCGAUCUGCUGCAGGGAAAGCUAUACUUGCCUUUUCAGAUUGGUUCAUGCAUGCUACUAGGGACCUUGCAGUCAAUUAUAAGUACCAGCCUUUGCCUGGUACGAUCUUCGAAAUUCUUCACGGUCGGUUCGAAGAUGGAACUCAUAAUAGGCCGAUCGUCCAUCAGAAUCGUGGGUUUGAUGCUUGGUACGGUAUCGUUACAAGAAGCAUAGGAAAUAUGCCCGCAGAGGAAAUGAAAUUACCAAAGCGUAGGGCAGAUCUACUUCAGCUCAUUGUGGCAGGUCUUGUAAAAGAUCAAGGUGCCAAGAAAUACUUGGUCGAACUUGUGAAUCGUCUAGCCUCUAAGAGACGUCUGAUAUUCACAAAAAACCAGGACCUCGCUAUAGGAUAUGGAGAGGUACACAAAGGGGACAUCAUCAGCCUUGUAGCUGGUGUAGCAAUCCCUUUGAUUGUGAGAGAAACUGGAGAGGAUAGGUACACGCUCGUAGGGCCAGCGAUUGUCCCAACGUGGAUGGGUGGGGAGGAAUGGAAGAGACUUUCGGGGAGAAAUGUUGACGUGUCGACUAAACGCAUUGUUUUGGUAUAA